UGAAAACAUCUGUGGAGUUGUGCAGGGCAGCUUGAGCAAGAUCUACACACAGUACUUCUUACUUUUAGAGUCAAUUCUAUGUUGGACUGAGUCUUGUAUUGCUGGAAUAAUGGAAAGUGUAGAUAUGCUGACGAUCAGGUAUACGACGUUUGACAAAAUGUACAGCUAUGAUCUGCGGGAGCAGAGCUUUAGAGACUGGCCAUUUAGAGAGGAAUGCAACUGCACACCUGAAAAGAUGGCUAAAGCUGGUUUUGUCCACUGCCCCAGUGACAAUGAACCAGACGUUGCCUGUUGUUUCUUCUGUCUGAUUGAACUUGAGGGCUGGGAACCAGAUGAUGAUCCAUGGUUUGAGCACAGCAAGCGCUCACCCACUUGUGGAUUCCUAACCAUGAAGAAAGCAGAUUUCACAGAGCUGACCGUGUCUGAAUACUGUCAACUGGAAGGUGAAAGGCUAAAGAUCUACAUUAGGAAGAUUUCUCAUAAGAUGAUGGCGUACUUGCGUGACGACAUGGAUAAAGUGCUUGAUCGCCUAAAAUCUCAGCUGGAGACGAUAUAAUAGCUGUUACUCAUAAAUAUAAAGUAUAAAUGCCAACAAAAAGUGUUCCUAUGAAAAUGCAUUUUAACUAAUAAAGUUUUAGUUUGC